CUUGACGAUACCUCUCCACCUCCAUUGGAAUUGACCGCUCGGCUGAGAUUCUGCCUCACGGGCGUGGGUUAAAAUGUGUUAAGGCGAUAUCUGUAUAUAUGUAGCUUCAAUAUCCUUUCAAUCUCUUGUUCUGCAUCCAUCUUCAUCUUCUCCUUCAUUUGAAUGCUUUGUCGAAUGCCAGUCCAUUGUCACAUUCAGCCUUCAACAAAUUCCCCUAACUAUUAACAUUCACAAAUCCCCACCUCCCUGAUUAAGCCUCCCUCUGUUUUCUGAGAGCUUUCUACGACAUAUUAUAACGCGCCUGAACACCCCUUCACGCCAUGCCUUCUCUCCGCACAAACCUAGAGAAGCUCGCCGUCGAACAAAACCCCAACGCCAAGCGCCAGAAAAGCAGCAGUCCAGAGAUUGAGGCUGUCCUGGAGCUGCCCCCCCUACCCGCAGCUGUCAAAGAUUUUGCCCAAUAUUUAUCCAAUGCAAAGGACACGCCGGUGCCUGAGCUUCUCGAGCCGUAUCACGCCUACGAGGCGGAGCUCAGGAAGUUCUAUGCCCAGCAGCCGGAUGACCCGGUCCUGAAAGAUGGACACAUCAAUAUGGUCCCCAUCUUUGCUGGGCAGGAGUCGUCUCUGAAGGUCCGCGCGCGCAAGCUGGACGCUGAGACGGACGCUGAGAAGGAAAAGUAUAUUAUGGGCCUCAGCAAGGCUGAUCGUAAGCCCGACGGAUCUCCAGCUGUGGUUACAUCCUUGAAGGAGUUCCAGAGCAACUUCAACCUCUUCUCCGAAUCGUCAUUGAGCGAACUUGACUGGAGCAAUGUUGUUGCUGCAGGGAGUUCUGUUACGACUGCGCUUUUGCCCGUCCCGGAGAAGUGGUCUGGAAGCAAGAAGAGCUUGAGGGAGUACUAUCAUGAUCGGCUUGCCCCGGCGAGUGAUGUGGAUCUCUUCCUCUAUGGACUUAAUGAGGAGGAGGCACUGGAGAAGAUUAAGCACAUUGAGACAGCGGUUAAGGACAGUGUUCUUCACGAAGUAACGACUAUUCGCACGAAGAACGCCAUCACUAUUGCCAGUCAAUAUCCGACUCGGCACGUGCAGAUUGUCCUGCGUCUCUACGAUUCCAUCUCUCAGAUUAUCACUGGUUUCGAUGUUGACUGUGCCUGCGUUGCAUACGAUGGCAACGAGGUCUAUGGCAGUCCUAGAGCGCUUGCGGCGUUUUCGACUCAGACCAAUACUAUUGACCUUACUCGUCGAUCACCGUCGUACGAGAAUCGCCUCUCGAAAUACUCUCACCGCGGAUUUGAAGUCCAUUGGCCUGACCUUGACCGCUCGCGCGUCGACCCCACCAUCUUUGAGAGGGCAUUCCGGAAGACGCUUGGUCUUUCCAGACUUCUAGUCCUGGAAAAGCUUCCCCAAACAGUGGACCGCGAGAGAUAUACUGACGAGAGGCGCAAAGAGAGAGGUCGCCCCGCUGUUGACAGACACGUCAGAGACCAGCAUAAGCUCUUUGGAAAUAUUAAGGAUGAGCAAGAGGACGAAGUUGCCGACUGGGCCGAAGAAGACCAGGUUUCCAACUACCACACCAUGGUUGUGCCGUAUGGAAAACGAUUUACUGCACGCAAAAUUGAACGAGUGCUGUAUACCAAGGAUCUCCUCCUCAACUCGGAAUGGAAUCGCCCCAAGGAGCGCGAGGUUGACCUGCAUCGUCACCCCUGCUUCUUCGGCACUGCUGAGGAUGUUUUGGGAGAUUGCUGUGGCUUUUGCCCUGUUCCUAAGACAGACGAGGAGAUUGAGAUUGCAGAGGAAGAGAGCAAGACGUACAUCUCAGGAUCCCUUACCUUUGUCAAGGAUGACCCUGGACGCCAGGAGAUUGGUAGCUUCAAUCCCAUUACCACCGAUGACUGGACUGAGAUGGCAUAUGUUGGAAACACCCAAAUGCUUUGUCAGGCAAUUGUCGAUGGCGAUAUUGAUUACAUUACGAGCUGGUGCGAGCAGGAAGGCAACGACGUCAACACCAGAGAUUAUGUCGGAAGGGCGCCUCUUCACCUGGCGGUUAUCAAUGGACAUGCAGAUAUUGCCAAGGUUCUCAUUGAUAACGGUGCGAAAAUCAUCGCCAGACUCCUUGAUGGACGUUGUGCUUUGCAUAUUGCUGCACAACUGGGCCAUGCCGAUAUCAUAAAGAUCUUGAUGGACAAGAGUCUUGCAAAUGAAGAGGAAGAGGCAGAAAAGGAGGAUAAACUUAGAGCUGCUAAAUUGGCCGCAAAGAAAUCUAAAAAUGACGACGUGGAGAUGGAAGAUGCCGACGGAAGCGAUUCGGAAGGCUCAGGCAUGGAGGUUGAGACGGAAGAUGAUAGUGAUAACGACUCGGAGACUCAGGGCUUCACUAAAGUUAAGGAGGCCGCACCUGGAGAGUCGAACGACAUACCAGAUGAUGACGAGGAUGAACCUGACUUCUACGAUAUUAAUGUCGUUGCCUGGGAUCUGCAAUGCACUGCUCUACAUUUCGCUAUCUUGGGCGGCCACAUACCG